AUAGAAAUCUAACACACAGAACCAAACAUAGAAUGCCCACCCCAACUCCCGCCCUGACCAAACUAAAAUAGAGACAUAAAAAAGGAACUAAGGUCAGGACUUGACAAGGGGAAUGACAGAUAUAGAGGAGAUAAUCAAGGAGGUGAUAGAGUCCAGGGGUGUCAUGAGGCGCAGGUGCGCGAGACGAUGGUGACAGGUGUGCGGGGUAAUCAGCAGCCUGAGGACCUCGAGGCCGGAGAGGGAGUGUACAUGACACAAAUAGGAUGGCAGAGAGCCUGAUGACCAUAGCCUAUGACAACGGAGUGAACCUGUUUGACACAGCAGAGGUUUACGCUUCAGGAAGGGCUGAGACGACUUUGGGUAAAAUCCUAAAGAAGAAGGAAUGGAGGAGGUCUAGUUAUGUGGUGACCACUAAGAUCUACUGGGGAGGACAGGCGGAGACGGAGAGAGGGUUGUCUCGGAAACACAUCAUUGAAGGUCUGAGGGAUUCUCUGUCUCGGCUGCAAUUGGAGUAUGUUGACAUCGUCUUCGCAAACCGCACAGACAUCAACUCACCUAUGGAGGAGGUGGUGAGGGCGAUGACGUUUGUGAUCAACCAUGGCAUGGCCAUGUACUGGGGCACGUCACGAUGGAGCGCAAUGGAGAUCAUGGAGGCAUACUCAGUAGCGCGGCAGUUCAACCUCAUCCCUCCAGUGUGUGAGCAGGCAGAAUACCACUACUACCACAGAGACAAGGUGGAGGUCCAGCUACCUGAACUAUACCACAAGAUAGGUGUAGGAGUGAUGACGUGGUCCCCUCUAGCUGGAGGUCUGAUAUCAGGGAAAUACAACGACGGAGUUCCUGAAGACUCUAGAGCUGCCAUGAAGGGCUAUGUGUGGAUGAAGGAUCGAAUAUUCAGUGAGGAGGGACAGAAACAGCUGGCCAAGAUCAAAGAGCUCCACCCUCUGGCUGAUCGGAUGAACUGCACCCUAUCUCAACUCGCUAUAGCCUGGUGUCUGCGUAGUGAGAGGGUCAGCUGUGUUCUCCUGGGGAUCACCAACACAGACCAGCUGCAAGAGAACCUCGGCUGUAUCAGGGUCCUCUCCCAGCUUUCCCCUCAGACCGUAGCAGAGAUGGACGCUCUCCUGGGAAACAAACCCCGACCCAAGAAGGAGGCUCUCGCAUAAAGAGAGACGGAGCGAAAGCGAGGGAAUGAGAGAGAU